CUAUUCUCCGCCGCAUUGAUCGAUUGGUCACUUGCAACAACCCAACCACUUCCGGAGCUAACUCCAGAUGCAGCAUGAAUGAGUUUGGAUUGACCAAGUGAACUUCCAACUGAAAACCAUAUGCCAAGUAGUUCUGAAUCUCGCUGCUUUCUCAACCAUCUUUCUGAACCCGUGAACCACCUCCAACAAAUCUCCAACAAACACAUCUGCAAGCUUCCUGCUCACCCCCAUUAACACCUUGUCAUCCGGCCCCUUGCACAUCAGUUGCAAAUGUCCAAGCGUUGUGUAGUGUGUAGUAGCAGUGGCAAUCGGCGCCGGCAUGGGAGAAGAGAAGGACAAGACGAAGACGAAGGUGGAGGUCAAGACGGCCGUAUACAAGGUGCACGUCCACUGUGGCCAGUGCGCGCGCGACAUCCAGACGCAGUUCACCGAGUUCCAAGGGGUUGAAGAGGUGAAGGUGGACGCUGGGGCAGGGAAGGUGACAGUGAAGGGCUUCGGCUUCGACGUCGAGAAGCUCAGGGCGAAGGUCGAGAAGGGUUGCCGGAAGAAGGUCGAGCUGGUUGUUCCUGCCAAGAAGGAGGAGGACGUCGUCACCGAGGUCAAGACCAAGGAGGAGAUGGUCAUGCAGGAGUUGAAGGUCAUCACCGUAAAGGUCCCCUUGCAUUGCCCCGAUUGUGCAGUCAGGGUCAAAGAGAUCCUGCUGGAGCACAAGAGCAUCUACGCGGCCAAGACGGACCUCGGCAAGAACACGUGCACCGUCGAGGGCGCCAUCGACGAGAAGAAGCUCGUCGAGUACAUCUACCAGAGGACGCGCAAGAAGGGCGUCGUCGAGAAGAUCGAGAAGAAGGUGAUCGUCAAGGAGGAGGUGGAGGUGAAGAAGGACGAGAAGAAGGAGGUCGCCAAGGUGGUCGAGGCCGUCAAGGAGAAGGUCACGGAGGUCGUCGCCCCCUACUUCAUCCCCUGCACGCACCCGCGGUUCGUCGACUACUCGCACCCGUGCCACCGCCGCGGCAGCUACGGCGGCGACUGCUGCUCGCCGUGCGGUGGGGGCUACGGCUGCGGGUACCCGUACGGUGUCAGCUACACGCACUCGGAGCUCACAGGGUACCAUGACACGGCGUUCUUGCACUGCACACACCCCAAUGAGUUCAUCAGCGAGGAGAACCCGUAUGCGUGCUCUGUGAUGUAGAACUUUUUGCAGGUGGAUCGUGCACGCCGACAAUAAUGCAAUUAGCUCAAAUUUUGCUUCGGCUCAGGUUGGUUAGUAGCUACAGGGCACUUGCAUCUUCUUCCAGGUGCAUUUUUCAGGUUUUCAGGGUGAAAUACUGAAAUGUCAAUUGACUGAUAA